UCCGCUUCUGGCUUUCACCUUCCCAGCACUCCUCUCCUUCCUCCCUCUUCCUCCAGCGGUAAACCGCAAGCGCUGAUCCAAAGGCGAGGGGAAAAGAUCAAAAGCGCCGCAGGUGAAAGAAUCCGAAACCCACGGACGCAUUCCCACUCGUCGCCAUCCAGCACAGCUCAUCAGAUAUAAGCUUAGCGCGCCACCCCUUUCCGCCCUCCCGUCCACUGCCAUUGCCCCUCCAAGAACCGAGAGAACGAACGGAAGCCACCGACCCGGGCCGUCGUCUCGUCCUAGGCCGGCCCGGCGCCACCCCCGCCCCCGCGCCAUGCCCAGCGGCGCCGCGCUCCUCCUCGCCCUGCUGGCGCUGGCGGCGGCCGCCGCCAUCGGCCCGGCCCCGGCCAAUGCCGCGGUGUCGUACGACCACCGCGCCGUGGUCAUCAACGGGCAGCGCCGCGUCCUCAUCGCCGGCUCCAUCCACUACCCGCGCAGCGCGCCGGAGAUGUGGCCGGACCUGCUCCAGAAGGCCAAGGACGGCGGCCUCGACGUGGUCCAGACGUACGUGUUCUGGAACGGGCACGAGCCCGUGCAGGGGCAGUACUACUUCGGCGACCGCUACGACCUCGUCCGCUUCGUCAAGCUCGCCCACCAGGCCGGCCUCUACGUCCACCUCCGCAUCGGGCCCUACGUCUGCGCCGAGUGGAACUUCGGGGGGUUCCCGGUGUGGCUCAAGUACGUCCCCGGCAUCAGCUUCCGGACGGACAACGGGCCGUUCAAGGCGGCGAUGCAGGCGUUCGUGGAGAAGGUGGUGUCGAUGAUGAAGGCGGAGGGGCUCUUCGAGUGGGAGGGCGGGCCCAUCAUCCUGGCUCAGGUGGAGAACGAGUACGGGCCCAUGGAGUCCGUCAUGGGCGCCGGCGCCAAGCCCUACGCCGCCUGGGCCGCCAAGAUGGCCGUCGCCACCGGCGCCGGCGUGCCCUGGGUCAUGUGCAAGCAGGACGACGCCCCCGACCCCGUCAUCAACACCUGCAACGGGUUCUACUGCGACAGCUUCAGCCCCAACUCCAACGGCAAGCCCACCAUGUGGACGGAGGCCUGGAGCGGCUGGUUCACGGCGUUCGGCAAGCCGGUGCCGCACCGCCCGGUGGAGGACCUGGCCUUCGCCGUGGCCAGGUUCAUCCAGAAGGGCGGAUCCUUCGUCAACUACUACAUGUACCAUGGCGGCACCAACUUCGACCGGACCUCCGGCGGGCCGUUCAUCGCCACCAGCUACGACUACGAUGCGCCGAUUGACGAAUACGGUUUGCUGAGGCAGCCGAAGUGGGGCCACCUGAGGGACCUGCACAAGGCCAUCAAGCAGGCCGAGCCGGCGCUCGUCGCCGGCGACCCGACGGUCCAGUCCCUCGGCAACUACGAGAAGGCGUACGUGUUCAAGUCGAGCGGCGGCGCGUGCGCGGCGUUCCUGUCCAACUACAAGACCGACGCGGCGGCGACCGUGGCGUUCAACGGGCGGCGCUACGAGCUGCCGGCGUGGUCCAUCAGCGUGCUGCCGGACUGCAAGACCGCCGUGUUCAACACCGCGACGGUGCGGGCGCCGUCGGCGCCGGCGAGGAUGAGCUCCGCCGCCGCCGGCCUCUCGUGGCGGUCCUACAGCGAGGCCACCAACGCGCUGGACGACCGCGCCUUCACCAAGGACGGCCUCGUCGAGCAGCUCAGCAUGACGUGGGACAAGUCCGACUACCUGUGGUACACCACCUACGUCAACAUCGACUCGAACGAGCAGUUCUUGAAGCUGGGCAAGUGGCCGCAGCUGACCAUCUACUCCGCCGGCCACGCCCUCCAGGUGUUCGUCAACGGGCAGUCAUACGGCUCCGCGUAUGGCGGCUACGACAGCCCGAAGCUGACGUACAGCGGGUACGUGAAGAUGUGGCAGGGCAGCAACAAGAUCUCCAUCCUCAGCGCCGCCGUCGGCCUCCCUAACCAGGGCACCCAUUACGAGACGUGGAACGUCGGCGUGCUCGGGCCGGUGACGCUCUCCGGCCUGAACGAGGGGAAGCGGGACCUCAGCAGCCAGAAAUGGACGUACCAGAUCGGCCUGCACGGCGAGUCGCUGGGCGUCUACUCCGCCGCCGGGAGCUCGUCCGUCCAGUGGGGCGGCGCCGCCGGGAACCAGCCCCUGACAUGGCACAAGGCCUACUUCGACGUGCCGGCCGGCGGCGCGCCGGUGGCGCUGGACCUGGGCAGCAUGGGCAAGGGCCAGGCGUGGGUGAACGGGCGGCACGUCGGCCGGUACUGGUCGUACAGGGCCCCCGGCGGCGGGUGCGGCGGCUGCGGCUACGCCGGCACGUACGGCGAGACCAAGUGCCAGAGCGGCUGCGGCGACAUCUCCCAGAGGUACUACCACGUCCCGCGGGCGUGGCUCAACCCCAGCGGCAACCUGCUGGUGCUGCUCGAGGAGUUCGGCGGCGACCUCUCCGGCGUCACGGUGGUGACCAGGACGGCAUGAAGAUUCAGGAGGAAGGUGAGGAUUGGAAGGAAACGAGACGAGGAGGAGGUUGAUGAGCUGUGAAUAAUCUGCUGGGAAGGAAGAUCGAGACGGAGGAAUGAAGGGUACACAUGAAUACGUGAUACGGAUUCUUUCUUGCUCGUAUAUCUAUACGAAAUACUGCGUACAUAUGUACUGUACGUACACGAAAAAGUGGUACGUAGUAUUUAUUGGAGAAAAAUGUGUUAUUGGAUUGGAGUUGGCCGCCGGCACGGCUGCAGGAACUGCAGCUCCGGUAUACAUCCGCUGCUGAAUACUAGUAUGAUUUUGCUCCGCAGUCUGCAGGAAUCUCAAGGUUCAAGCAUUCAUUCAUUUUUCUUUGAGGAAAUUUGCAGCAUCGAGUUGUAAACGGGCUAUUUAUCCCUGCCGUUCUAUGUGCGAUACUGAUACCUUAUUGCGCGAA